UUGCAACUCUUGCUCCUGCCAUUGAUCGGAACUCCCGUGCUUUCCACGCUACAAACUUACAAAGGCUGCCACGGUGCUGCCCCUAGCUCUGCAUCCACAGCAGCGCCGCGCGGUUCAUUCCAGUUCACCGCUUGCCUCGCUUUCCAACCCUCCCACAAAACCCUGACCCCCAUCGCAGCUCACCGUCACCAAAUGGCAUCCGCGCGGUCCAUUCCCCGAGCCGCCCGUUGCCUGAUCCUCUUCGCUCCCAUAGUCCCCGUCGCCGCGGUCACCGUUCACCAGUCCAACGCCAGAGCACGCGCGCGCGCAAGCCACCAGAUCGAGCGAGCCGACAUGGCAUCCGCGUCGCCGUCGUGGGCCAUCCUCGGCAGCGUGCCGCGGGUGGCGGCCGCCGACGCCGACCUCCCUCCGGGCGCCGACCUCUCCCUCGCGCUGCCGGCGCCGCCGCGCGUCGGGCUCCUCACCACCCCCCCGCGCAUCUUCGCGGACCGCACCACCUCCGACAACUUCCCCUCCGUCCUCGCCGUCGACCCCUCCGGCCUCCUCCUCCUCCACGCCAACCAGGGCCGCGCCACGGCCCCCACCGUCAUCAACACCCCCAGCCUCCGGGAGUUCAGCUGGCGCCCGUUCGCCCCGGGCUACUUCGUCCUCGACGCCACCACCGCCACCGCCCUGCCGCUCCCGAAACCUGAGCUCAUCAUGCACAUGGGUCACGUCGGCCUCAUCUCCUCCCCGGCGGGUGGCGGCCACUACAUGGUCGCCGAGCUCCAGCCGUUCGUUGGCGGUGACAAGGCCAUCCUCCUGCGCUUCUCGUCGGAAGUCGGAGAGUGGGUCAGCAAGUACAUCGGCUACCCGCUUCCUGCCAGGAUUCUGUGCCCCAACCGCGUGGUCUCGCACUCCGGGAGGCUCUGGUGGGUCGACCUCUCCUGGUGCCUCCUCACCUGCGACCCCUUCGAGGACACGCCGGUGCUGAGGGUCGUCCCGCUCCCGGAGGGCAAGGCGCUCAAGCCCAGGGAAGCUUGGGGAUUGCUUGACAAGUACCGAUGCGUACGUGUCAGCGGCGGCAAGCUGCGGUUCGUGGACAUGUACUCCAGGAAUCGUGACAGCCGCGGCGCUGCACAGAUCAGCGUCUGGACGCUCGCCGAUCCGGACACCACGGAGUGGACGCUGGAGUAUGAGGCCACCUUUAAGGAGAUCUGGGACGACGCGAGCUACAAGGCGACUGGUCUGCCCAGGAAGAUCCCCGUGCUUGCGCUCAUCCACCCCACCAACCCCGACGUGGUCUACUUUUUCCUCGACGAGCAUCUGCUCGGUGUCAACGUGCGUGCUCGCAAGGUUGUGGAGUGUGAGGUCUACGAGCUGGUUGCGCCGCCUAGCGAGCACGUCGCCACCCGUUUCAUUCACGCUUGGCAGCUGCCACCAGCUCUCUGCUCAGGUUCUGCAGAGGAGACUGAAGACGGCGUGAAUGAAGAGCUGCAGCAACUCCCUCUGUAAGACGAGACUGAGGAAUGAUAGCCAGAGUAAACUUCUUAACAGGUAGAGGCAGUAAUACCUAUCAAGUUAUCAGGUGGUAAUGGCGUCUUUGGGACAGCACUGGACUAAACGAAAUCGACAAACAUGGCCAAAACGUUUUUUUUAUUUUGCUUGUCACACUGUAAGUUCAGAUCAUCAGAUGUAGUAGUGCUGGUUUUAUAGUUUAGCGCUAUGCUUGAAUACUUGAUCCAGUGUCUUGGCUCAGAACUGAAGUGAUUAUCUGUGGCAGUAAGACAGUGAGCCCUUGUUAUGCCUCUAUCUCUUGUUGUCUUUGUCAAUCCAUGCUCC